AUGAGGUUUGUCAUUGGUAUCUUGGCAUUAUUUUUUCUGGUCGAGGCCAGCAAUAGUUUAUCAGUGCGUGACCCUUGGCUUUCAAAAACUUAUGGUCUUAGAAUAAUCGGAGGUAAAGAUGCCAAACCUGGUCAAUUCCCAUAUCAAGCUUCAAUACAAUGGCGUCUUCCACCAAUCUUACCCUACACUCAUUCCUGUGGAGCUUCGAUCUUGAACGAAUAUUGGAUAUUAACGGCUGCUCACUGUGUCACCAGUGCACCAAAGAUCGGCAAUACUAACAUCAAGGUUGGCAAGCAUCAUAUUUUCAAUGACAACAAGUUUACGCAGACUCAUGAGAUUGCAUUAAAAAUCGUGCAUGAAUCAUACACUGGGGACGUUGCACCAUAUGACAUCGCGUUGUUCAAACUGAAGACUCCAAUAAAAUUCAACGAACGCGUACAGCCAAUUCAACUUCCAGAGCAAGACAAAGUACACAGCGGUAAUGCAGUACUCAGUGGCUGGGGAUUGAUCUCAAAAAAUUGGCUACCCAAAAUGACGACGAUCCUGCAAACUGCCGUUGUGCCCAUUAUACAGAAUGACGAGUGUAAAGCUGCCAUCAAGGCUAUCGAAUCAUCUGGUGAAUUAUACCCUACUCAAAUGUGUAGUGGACCUUUAGACGGCACUACUUCCGCUUGUUCGGGCGAUUCGGGUGGACCACUGGCAGUUCACGAUAAGAAUAACAAGCCGGUGCUGGCGGGUAUCGUCUCGUGGGGCAUGUACCCGUGUGGUUCGAUUGGCGCACCGUCUGUGUACACUCGUGUCUCGUCCUACGUUGACUGGAUCAACAAGAAGAUGAGUGAAAACUAGAGUUGCAACGACUGUUUAAAUUAUUUGCCGUGAAGUUUUUUUUUCAAUUGCUGUUUGUUUGAACUUGAACUUUGACGUUAGACGAUUUUCUAACGUGUUGUUGAGGGUUAUUAUGAUUUUCGGUUGUGUUUUUCCUCGACUGAAGUGAUUUUGAAAAACUGAAUUGCGAAGUAUGUUCAAAUGACUGACACAGAAUAAAACAAUGGUGUAUUUCCACAACCUGUUUCAUUUAAGUUUCGGAAA